AUGGCAGGCAAGGGUAAGACAGUCGUGAGGACGCUGGAGGAUUUAACGCUUGAUUCUGGUUAUGGUGGAGCCGCGGACUCGGUCAGGUCGUCCAGCGUGUCGCUGUGCUGCUCCGACACGCAUCAGUCCGUCUCGCAUGGGGGCAACUGCUGGCAUCUGACCGAAUCCAUGCACAGCCGACAGAACAGUUUGGACACCGUCAACACCGUCCUGGCGGAGGACACGGAGAUACUGGAGUGCUCGGGUCAGUGCGCCAAGCUGCCCGAGCUGGAGGACGUGCCAUGGAGCCUCGGCGAGGUGGAGUGCGCACUGAGGAAAGACGAGGAGCUGAUGGUGGGCAACCCGCCGCCGGAGGUCCUGGCGCGGCUGUCCGCCCUCAUCAGCCGCGCGCUGGUGAGGGUGGCCCGGGAGGCGCAGCGGCUCAGCCUGCGCUACGCCAAGUGCACCAAGCACGAGAUCCAGAGCGCCAUCAAGGUGGUGCUCUCAUGGACCAUCUCCGUCAACUGCAUCACGGCGGCCCUCAGCGCCCUGUCCCUCUACAACAUGAGCACCGGGGACAAGUUCAGCCGCGGCAAGUCGGAGCGCUGCGGGCUGGUGUUCUCCGUGGGGAAGUUCUUCAGGUGGAUGGUGGAUAGCCGGGUGGCGCUCAGGAUCCACGAGCACGCUGCCAUAUACCUCACCGCGUGCAUGGAGAGCCUGUUCAGAGAGGUGUUCAGCCGCGUCCUGCGCAGCGCGCUGGUGGAGAGGGACAACGGGAUCCCCAAGUUUACGCUGGAGUCACUGGAGCAAGCCAUCAACAACGACUCGGAGGUGUGGGGGCUGCUGCAGCACUACCAGCACCUCAUCUGUGGGAAGAAUUCAAGCGGCGUGCUGAGCCUGCCGGAGAGUCUGAACCUGCACCGGGACCAGCAGCGCUCGGGGAGGGGCAGCGAGUGUCAGGGCUACACCCAGGCCGAGCUCCGCACGCUGGAGCAGUCGCUGCUCGCAACCAGGGUGGGCAGCAUCGCAGAACUGAGUGAUUUGGUGUCCCGGGCCAUGCACCACCUCCAGCCGCUGCACAUCAAGAACCCCAGCAAUGGGACCCCGGUCCACCAGAAGGCCACCAACACCACGGUGCACUGGGAGCCCGAGGCCCUCUACACCCUGUGUUACUUCAUGCACUGCCCACAGAUGGAGUGGGAGAACCCCAACGUCGAGCCGUCCAAAGUCACCUUACAGACUGAGAGGCCGUUCCUGGUGCUGCCUCCGCUGAUGGAGUGGAUCCGGGUGGCGGUCGCCCACACCGAGCAUCGGCGAAGCUUCUCCGUGGACAGCGACGACGUGAGGCAGGCCGCCCGGCUGCUGCUUCCCGGCGUGGACUGCGAACCGCGACAAAUAAAGGCGGAGGAUUGUUUCUGUGCCACCAGGAAGCUGGACGCCGCCUCCACGGAGGCCAAGUUCCUGCAGGAUCUCGGCUUCAGGAUGCUGAACUGCGGCCGGACCGACCUGGUCAAGCAGGCCGUGAACCUGCUCGGGCCCGAUGGCAUCAACAGCAUGAGCGAACAGGGAAUGACCCCUCUCAUGUACGCCUGCGUCCGCGGCGACGAGGCCAUGGUCCAGAUGCUGCUGGACGCCGGAGCCGACAUCAACAGCGAGGUGCCAAGCACAGUAAACAAGCACCCCUCAGUUUAUCCUGAAACGCGCCAGGGGACGCCUCUCACUUUCGCCGUGUUACACGGACACGUCCCUGUCGUGCAGUUGCUGCUGGAUAACAGAGCGAAUGUGGAGGGCGCCCUGCAGGAUGGGGCGGAGAACUACACAGAGACGCCUCUUCAGCUGGCCGCUGCUGCAGGUAACUUCGAGUUGGUGAGUUUGCUCUUGGAGCGAGGAGCCGACCCCAUGAUCGGGACCAUGUGUCGAAACGGCAUCUCGUCUGCUCCGCUGGGAGACAUGAACUCAUACAGCCUGGCUGCAGCACAUGGUCACAGGAAUGUAUUUCGGAAGCUCCUGGCCCAGUCGGAGAAGGACAAAGGGGACGUGUUGUCCCUGGAGGAGAUCCUGGCCGAGGGUUCGGAGCCGGGGGAGAAGAGGCUGGUGCCGCAGGCCAACGGCGGAGGGACCCUGCGAACAGGAAAGGCCAAACUGAGGGCCCUGAGAGAGGCCAUGUACCAUAGCGCAGAGCACGGCCAUGUGGACAUCACCAUAGACAUCCGCAGCUUAGGCGUUCCCUGGACGCUGCACACCUGGCUGGAGUCCCUGCGUACCUGCUUCAUCCAGCACCGCCGGCCGCUCAUCCAGGGCCUGCUCAAAGACUUCAGCUGCAUCCAGGAGGACGAGUACACGGAGGAGCUCAUCACGCACGGCCUGCCGCUCAUGUUCCAGAUCCUCCGAGCCAGCAAGAAUGAGGUGAUAAGCCAGCAGCUGUCAGUCAUCUUCACCCAGUGCUACGGGCCCUUCCCCAUCCCUAAGCUGACAGAGAUCAAGAAGAAACAGACCUCGCGCUUAGACCCGCACUUCCUCAACAACAAGGACAUGUCUGACGUCACUUUCCUGGUGGAGGGGAAACCAUUUUAUGCACAUAAAGUUCUGCUGUUUACAGCGUCGCCCAGGUUCAAGUCCCUGCUUCAGAACCGGCCCGCAGCAGAGAACACCUGUAUCGAGAUCAGCCACGUCAAGUACAAUAUUUUCCAUCUGGUCAUGCAGUAUCUGUACUGUGGAGGCACCGAUACUUUGCACAUACGCAACACCGAAGUCAUGGAGCUCCUCUCUGCAGCCAAAUUCUUCCAACUAGAGGCCCUUCAGAGACACUGUGAGAUCAUCUGCUCCAAGAACAUCACCACGGAGACCUGCGUCGACCUGUACAAACACGCCAAGUUCCUUGGCGCCUCGGAGCUGACGGCUUUCAUCGAGGGCUACUUCCUGAAGAACAUGGUGCUGCUGAUCGAACUCGACGGCUUCAAGCAGCUGCUGUACGAGCCCCCUCCCCCCGAGAGCCCCGCGUCCAGCCCCGGCAUCUACUCGGACAUCCUCGUCGACCUGGAGAAAACCCUGGCCAUCCGCGUCCGCUCCAUCCACCUCUCCACCUCCAAGGGCUCCGUGGUGUGACGUCGAGCCCCCCCACCCACCCAACCCAAACACCCCUCUGCGAAAUACAAGCCCUCCGAUCCAGGCACAGCAUCCAUGUAACACCACUUCUUAAAAACACGCAGGCCUGUCCAUGAAGUCCUGAAGCGAGAGGGGCUGCCGGAUGUUUUUAUGUCAGGGAUUCCCUUUAAUUCAGCCCUUUGAGAGUUAACGUCGGCGGGAAAAAACCAGAGAGAGGUUGAACUCUUGUCGUCCUGAUAGCUCCCACUGAUCACAUCUCACCCCUACAAUAACAGAAAAAACUGUAAAAAAAAUAAAAUAAAAUAAAAUAAAAUAAAAAGAAACAGACUAGAACCACUUAGAACUAACCGUGAUGACAACUUAGAGUAUUUCAUAUAAGGAACAUGCAUGAAAUACAUCCUGUACACCUUCUUUCCGCUUGAAAAAGGUAGAGUAGAAUUCAAUAAAAGCAGCUUCUCUCAUCACGAGACUUUGGUUUACAGAUCGCUCUACGGAAGCGGACGCUCAUCGCAGUAUAACGUCUGACACAUGCCAAAAUAUAACCCUACUAUACAAAAACCCAAUAACAAAAAAAUAAAAAAUAAAAAGUGACUCCGUAGCAACGCCGGGACGUGGCUUUUUCUAGGUGGACAUCUUCAUCCCGUCAUCACUCGUACGUGUGGACGCGUUUCACUGUGUUAUAUAUCUACUGUGCGCUGAGGCCAAACUGAUCACGGAGAACUUCCGCCGCGGCCGAGCGCUGCAGCGCUGACUCGACUGGAGGCGGCUCACUCAGUGAAAUCUAUGCUGGCGUGUGUUCCGAGCACGUUGUCCUUUUUCUUUUUUCCUUUUUGUCCAACUGGGAAAUUAAAAACUCCACGAGCACUGUCUGACUUUUUUUUUUUUUUCCUUCUUCUUCUUCUUCUUCUUCUUCUUUUUGUUUUUUUGUUUGUGUUUUUUUUUUUUUUUUUGCAUGACACCUACUCAACUGAGCUGCUGCCCCACCCCCGCGCCUGAUAGUGCUUUUUAUGCAGAGCUUCACUUCACUUCAUGGACCACUUUUCUCAACGGGAGAGAGAGAACAACAAAAAAAACAAAAAACAAAAAAAACGCUGCUUAUUAACUUUCUACCCACUGCUAACGCUGACCGAGCGAGGGAUCCUGAGAUGGAUUUCGAUUGGCGGGGACUUUUGAGAAAUGGAGAGAGUCAAAGCGAAGUGUAAAUACGUCCCUGAAGUCAUCGUGCUGGUCGUUCUUUCUUUUUGUUUUGUUUUUUUUUGUAAACUGAUGUACAGUAAUCCUCCUACACUCGCUUGGCGACUGACGACACCAGUCUCAUUGAAUGUGCUCCCGGUUUGUUCCUGCUGUAUGUUUGUACGUAUGUGUCUGUUGAUGCAUGUUCGAUCUGUUCGUUUGUUUGAAUCCUUCAGCUUUAGGUGUGCUUUCUAUGUAGAUCGGUAGGGCAGAGUUAGGGUGUUGAUUGUUCCAGAUGAAGUUCCGGUCAAAUGGGUAAUUCCCUCAUUGUUGCUGUAUCUGAUACAUUCCGGAUGAUCAGGGUCGAUCCACCAGAUGCAUCUCGAAAGUCACCUUCUGUUUUUUGUUUUUUUUUUAGGCUUCACUCUCGCUGAACUUUCUCUAAAAGAAAGGUUGAAUUCCUGCACACCCUCCAUGUAGAGUUCAGGAGAGACACAACAGACAAGCCUGUUUUUAUGCACGAGCGGAAGCGAAGGACAACAGACGAAAUAUCGCACUUUUUUUGGGUUGGUUGAGGGGGAAAAGUUAGACAUGAACAGUUAAAUAAAAGCAAAAUGAGAAGCAGACAGACAGAAUAACACCCAGCGAAGAGACUAAACAUGGCAGCCGAUAAACACCUUCAUAUUAGCUCUUGUCGCUCCGACUUAUUCUGCGGCAAUGAUCCUCCUCAGUCAGGUAGAACAUUUCCAGCGGUGAUUUACUUGAGCCUAAUAAAACGUUGCUCGAGCAGGUUUGAAGAAUCCCAUUUGCGAUUUAAGCACCUGGGAUUUAUUGAUCUCUAAUCACCUCAGAUGGACGGCAGCCGCCUCGUAUAAAAAAAUGGAAAAUGAGAGAAUUAAACUUUUUGGUAAAUGAGAGAUCAAGACAACGGAAGAGCGGAUUGACAACAAGCAACUCAGGAGUUUGUCGCCGCUGCACAUAGAGAGCUGCAAUACUCCUCCAUAACCAGCAGGGAAAUAACUUAAGUCUAGAUUUUACUAAGAUAAGAUCAAUUCCACGUCAAAAUGAGGCUUUAUAAAUCUCUACUUUUGCUUAUUAAUUGGCUGUAAGUCCAUUUAGGGAAACGUGUUUAAAUAUUGCGCCACACUUUAGAUGGAAACUUGGCUACAGUCGGACACUUUUACAUCUUAGAAAAGCAUGAAACUCUCUUUGAAUCAUCAUCAAGAGAAAAUAUCUACUCUGAUAAGAAGCUGAAGGUGCGAGCCUGCGUACGUAUAGCUUCAUGAGGUGUUAACAGUCCAGCAAUAAACAAAGAGUGGACUGCUAACGAUGGACGGAAGAUGCUGGGAUGUUUUGUCUGUCUUCUCCAGGCGAAAUAUGAUUUCUCAGGCGGUUAAAAACAGUUUAAAUUGGUCUUGUGUGUCUAUGUUGAAAAAAACAUGGAGGAUACGGUUCAGAGAGACUCUGAAAUGGGAAAACCAGACGAGGAAAAACAUCUUCCUGACCAUCAGCCAUCAAAUCCACAAGUGGAAACAACACAUCUUUAUACUGAAGCCAAAACAAGAAGAGAAAAUAUAAUAGAGAAAUAUAAAAAAAAUCCUUAGAAUGAGACAAAUUAUGUCCAAAUCUGCUGGAUUAAACUGAAAACUGAAAAGAGAGAUUAAAGCAUUAAUGGCUAAUAAACAACAUGUUUGGUUGUCUCGGGUGUUUGAGCUUCUCGUGUGGCUUCAGCACAAAGAUGAGUCGUUUCAUGUCUGAACAGUUGUGUCUCUAAUCACCUCAACGCCUGUUGGAACUUCAACCAUUUUUGUUCCACGUGAUUGCACACACACACACCUCCUCUCCAGGUGUGUGUAUGUGUGUGUGUUAGAUAAUCAGUUCUGACAGGACCAAACGUUUAAAAACCCCGACACUCAUCGUCCAGCUGCAGCCCUGAUGUUUAAACGAUGCACGCUCCCUCAGAAAAGGGUCAAAACUUGAAUAAAACCCCUCGAACUCAGACGCAGUUUAUCUCAACUCAAGAGGAAAACACGAGACGAACAGCUGAUUUCAUGAAUGUAAAGCUGAAUAUUUACAGGAUGUGCAGCUUUUGUCCAGCAGUGAACCAAAUCGAGGACGCUUCUCUCUGUCAGCGAUGCAAAAUGUCUCUCGCGCUCUGUGACGUUCGUCUCCAACACGAAUCCGACCGUCACCUUCAGAUACGAGACGAAUCUCACGACGUAGCACCAAGAAAAAUUCCUUCAACAUUUGUUUCUGGGGCCACAAACACACAAACACUUUAAGAGACGCGUGACGGCGUACAAGAAGCCGGGCUUUAAGUUCUGUAAAUAGUUACAGAAAGUUCAGAUAAACAGUAGAUACGAUCCUACGACUUUAUUUUCUUACCGACACACAUAGCACUAUAUAUUUUAUUUUACAUUCCACAGCUAUUUUGUUUUACAAAAGUGAAAAAGAUUAUAUAAAAAAGACGCUUUAACAUUUUUUGAAAAAAAUCGAGCAAUAUUUCCAUGCCAGACAAGGACGAACACGCCGCAGGAUGUGAAAGACACAUAAUAUAGAAUAUAUAUAUGCGAAGAGUGACUGAAAGAAAGGCCUGAAUAUAUUAUUUUUGUUGGUGUUUUUUUUUCUUCUUUUAAAAAGGAUAUUUCAAACACACAGCCUGUUGAUUUUUACCCCAACACGAUUUAAUGAUCCCACCGACAUCUUCAUCCUCGCAUCAUGUUUGAUUCAUCUCACAUUUCCUACGUUCAAAAUUAAAAUUGAAAAAAAAAAAGGUGGAAAAUGUAACUCGAAGAUGCAAAAAAAAACAAAAAAAAAAAAACAGGUUUCAUCUCCGCGGAGGUGAAAAAGAUUCUUAAUGAUGUCAAAGCACUUUUCCCCGUGCCAGUGUUACUGUAGCCUCACACAAUCAAAAGCAUUAGUAUGUCACCAGUGAGCUUGAAGUUUCAGUCUUAUCAGAGCUGGAUAUGGCGGUAGAAUAAGAGAA